CCAAUCACUGCUGAUCACAUGUACACAGGGACAGCUCUGUGCCCUGAUGAUCUGUGUAGCCCCAGCAGUGCCACCUGUCAGUGUCAAUCAGUGCCAGCUGUCAGUGCUCAUCCAUGCCACCUAUCAGUGCCACAUUUCAGUGCCACAUCAAUGCCACAUAUCAGUGCCCAUCUGAGCUGCCUUUCAGUGCCACCUAUCAAUGCCAGUCAGUGCCACCUAUCCGUGUGCAUCAGUGCUGCCUAUCAGUGCCCAUCAGUGAUGCCUGUCAAUGCCCAUCAG